AUGGUUUUUUCGAAUCGUUUUGGACAUCUUGAUAUUCAACGCAAAUCAACAAAAAGUCGAUUUCCUCUACUAAAGCUUCCCAAAAUAGUGCUACUCGAAUGUAUCGAAAACUUGGAUGUAUUGGAAAUGAAAAUUGAUGAUGAGUGGACACUAACGCUACCAGACGCAGAACCCGUGUGCAAUCUGAUCAGAAACGAUGGAAUGAUUGGGUCAAUAUUUGAAAGCUUCGAACUACAUGCAGACAGAAAACUGGAGUUAUGUUUCUGUUUUCAAGUAUGGAAUAAACCAAAUUGA